AUCAAUCAUUUCUCUCUCUAUCUCCCUCUCUCUCUGAAUCAAAUAGAAAUCUUCCGAACUAAUCGACCAUGGCGGCGAAGCUGAUGCGCGCAGUUCAAUACAGUAGCUAUGGCGGAGGCGCUGCAGGUCUCAAGCAUGUGGAGAUUCCGAUUCCAUACCCUAAGAAUAACGAGGUUCUGAUCAAAGUCGAAGCAACCGCCAUCAAUCAGAUUGAUUGGAAAAUCCAGAAAGGAGUUAUGCGUCCUCUGUUUAUUCCACGCAAGUUUCCAUGCGCACCUUGUACCGAUAUCGCCGGAGAAGUAGUGGCGGUUGGAUCGCAGGUUAAGGAUCACAAAGUCGGCGACAAAGUGGUGGCUAUGUUGCCUCUAGCGUACGGAGGUGGACUAGCCGAGUAUGCAGUUGCAAAAGAGAGUACAACAGUUCGACGACCCCAAGAACUAUCACCAAUCGAAACCGCACCCUUAGUUGUGGCUGGUGUCACGGCUCACAUAGCCCUAGUCUGUAUAGCCGGAGUCAAGCUCGACAAAAGCGGGCCACUUAAAAACAUUCUAAUAACUGCAGCCUCAGGAGGCGUUGGCCACUACGCAGUCCAACUAGCAAAGCUCGGAAACACCCACGUAACCGCAACUUGUGGUGCUCGCAACAUUGAGUUCGUGAAGAGCCUAGGAGCUGACGAGGUUCUUGACUACAAAACCCCGGAAGGGGCCUCUCUAAAGAGUCCAUCCGGAAAGAAAUAUGAUGCCGUUGUUCAUUGCACCUCGGGCAUUGCUUGGUCUAUUUUCGAGCCCAAUUUGGCGGAUAAUGGGAUAGUGAUUGACCUAACUCCGGGGCCUAGCACUAUGAUGACUUUUGCUUUUAAGAAACUUACGGGCUCGAAAAAGAAGCCCGUGCCGCUAAUUGUGGAUCCAAAGAAGGAGGAUAUUGAAACCGUUGUUAAUCUAGCGAAGAAUGGUAAGUUGAAGACGGUUAUCGAUUCGAAAUAUCCGAUGAGUAGAGCCGAGGAGGCGUGGGCUAAGAGCAUUGGCGGACAUGCCACGGGAAAGAUUGUUGUGGAGAUUUAAAUACUAUACCAAGUAUAUAGUUAUGUUUAAUAUAAAUGAUUUUAGUGUUGAAAAUGUAAAAUAAAAUACUUAUAUGGUUAAGUAUAUUUCAUUUUCCUAUAUGUAUGUUGAAGUUAUAGUUAUACAUACAAUGUUACUUGGGGUUU